AUUAUGAGUAGCUGCAUUGAUAUCCACCAUUGAAGGAUAGAUUUGGAGCUUCUCUUUGUCAUACUUUAUACAUAAAAAAAAGAAGGAAAAGUUGAUUCUGAGAAGAUGGCAAAGGGUAGGAUAAGAAGAAAGCUCCUAAAGAGCCAUCUUUAUACGUUCUGCCUAUAUCCAGGUGCUGCUGGCAAGGCGGGACAGUCCGUUGGAGGGCCUGGAUUCUCAAGAAUUGUGCAUUGCAAUGAACCUCAAAUGCAUAGCCAGAAGCCUUUUAAAUAUCGAGCAAAUGACAUAUCAACGACCAAGUAUAGUUUCCUCAGUUUCUUGCCAAAAGGAUUGUAUGAACAAUUCAACCGAGUUGCCAAUCUGUACUUCCUCGGAUGCGCGAUCGCUUCCCUUACGCCGCUCUCGCCGUUUUCCGCCGUGAGCAUGAUCGCGCCCUUGGCUUUCGUCGUGGGGCUGAGCAUGGCGAAGGAAGCUUUGGAGGAUUGGCGCAGGUUCAUGCAAGAUAUGGAGGUUAAUAGUCGUAAAGUUAAGGUUCAUACAGGGGAAGGAGCUUUCAACAAAACGGCGUGGCAGAACGUUCGGGUCGGAGACGUGGUGAGAGUGGAGAAGGAUCAGUUCUUCCCUUCUGAUCUGCUACUAUUAUCGUCGAAUUACGAGGACGGAAUUUGUUAUGUGGAGACCAUGAAUUUAGAUGGUGAAACAAACUUGAAGGCCAAGAGAGCUUUGGAGGUGACCUUGGAUUUGGAUGAGGAUGAGGAUUUCAAGAACUUCAAAGGAGUAAUCAAAUGUGAAGAUCCCAAUCCUAGCCUUUACACCUUUGUUGGUAACCUUGAAUACAAUGGCCAAGUUUAUGCCAUUGAUCCUAGCCAAAUUCUCCUUCGAGAUUCGAAACUUCGGAACACGGCGUUCGUCUAUGGGAUUGUGAUUUUCACUGGCCAUGACAGCAAGGUCAUGCAGAACUCCACCAAGUCACCUUCCAAGAGGAGCAGAAUAGAAAGGAAGAUGGAUUAUAUAAUAUAUGUUCUGUUCAGCGUCCUCCUUGUGAUCUCAUUGAUCAGCUCUUUCGGAUUUGCCGUGGAAAUAAAGUACAAUAUGCCGGAGUGGUGGUUCAUGCGACCCCAGCAAGCCGAUGAGUACUAUAAUCCCAAUGAGCCUGUAACAUCAGGGAUUAGCCAUAUGGUGACUGCCCUCAUGCUGUAUGGAUAUUUGAUACCUAUUUCGCUUUACGUUUCGAUUGAGGUGGUGAAGGUUUUGCAAGCAAGCUUUAUUAAUCAAGACAUACUUAUGUAUGAUGAAGACACAGGGAUUCCUGCUCAGGCACGGACAUCGAAUUUGAAUGAGGAAUUGGGACAAGUAGAUACAAUCCUUUCGGAUAAAACCGGCACUUUGACCUGCAAUCAGAUGGAUUUUCUCAAAUGCUCCAUUGCUGGUACCGCAUAUGGUUCGAGCUCUAGUGACAUUGAACUUGCUGCUGAACAACAGUUGACUAAUGACCAUGUGAACAAAGUUGAACUUGAGGCUGUUGUGAGUUCCCUCGGUGAAAAGGAUCAUAAAUCUCCCAUAAAAGGCUUUAAUUUCGAGGACAGCCACCUCAUGAAGGGGAACUGGUUGAGAGAGCCUAAAGUAGAAGACAUCAUUUUAUUUUUCCGGAUAUUAGCAGUUUGUCACACCGCCAUCCCUGAGCUGAAUGAAGAGACCGGCACUUAUACAUACGAAGCAGAGUCGCCCGAUGAAGGAGCCUUUCUUGUUGCAGCCAGAGAAUUCGGUUUCGAGUUUUUUCAAAGAACUCAAUCAAGUGUGAUUGUCCGUGAAAAAUAUACAGCUUCUGGAAAACCAAUUGACAGGGAAUACAAAAUUCUGAAUGUGUUGGAAUUUACCAGCAAAAGAAAGCGAAUGACGGUUAUCGUAAGGGACGAAGAUGGGCAGAUUCUUCUCAUGUGUAAAGGUGCUGACAGCAUUAUCUUCGAUCGGUUGUCAAAGGACGGAAGAUUGUAUCAGGCAGAUACCACUAGGCAUUUGAACGAGUACGGAGAAGCUGGACUGCGUACGUUGGCUCUGGCUUAUAAAAAGCUCGAGGAGUCCGAGUAUUCUGCUUGGAAUACUGAAUUCCAGAAAGCAAAAACAUCCAUUGGGGCUGAUAGAGAUAUAAUGCUCGAAAAGGCUGCAGAGAUGAUGGAGCGGGACUUGAUUCUCAUCGGUGCUACUGCUGUCGAGGACAAAUUGCAGAAAGGGGUACCCAAAUGUAUCGAUAAACUCGCACAAGCCGGGCUGAAGCUCUGGGUUCUAACAGGAGACAAGAUGGAAACUGCUAUAAAUAUAGGAUAUGCUUGCAGUUUGCUAAGACAAGGCAUGAAACAGAUCUGUAUUCAAGCGAACGAUUCAGAUUCCAUAGAGAAAAUCAAGGGGGACAUAUUGAAGCAAAUUAACAAUGGUUUGCAAACGAUCAAAGACGAAAAAGAUCCGUAUGCUGCAUUUGCAGUAAUCAUUGAUGGAAAGACUCUUGCAUAUGCCUUGGAAGAUGAUAUGAAACAUCGAUUCUUAGACUUAGGAGUUCAGUGUGCAUCUGUCAUAUGCUGUCGUGUGUCUCCGAAGCAGAAGGCACUAGUAACAAGAUUAGUAAAAGAAGGAACUGGGAAGACCACCUUAGCGAUUGGCGAUGGUGCGAACGAUGUUGGAAUGAUUCAAGAAGCCGAUAUCGGGGUUGGCAUCAGUGGUGUGGAAGGUAUGCAGGCUGUAAUGGCUAGCGACUUCUCUGUCGCCCAGUUUCGUUUCUUGGAAAGACUUCUUGUUGUCCAUGGACAUUGGUGUUAUAAGAGGAUUGCACAGAUGAUUUGCUAUUUCUUCUACAAGAAUAUAGCUUUUGGCCUCACCCUCUUCUACUUCGAGGCAUUCACGGGCUUUUCCGGACAAUCAGUUUACGAUGAUUGGUACAUGUUGUUCAACGUCGUUCUUACCUCAUUGCCUGUGAUCUCACUUGGAGUUCUCGAGCAGGAUGUUUCGUCUGAGGUUUGCUUAGAGUUUCCUGCAAUAUAUCAACAAGGACCAAGGAAUUUGUUUUUCGACUGGUAUCGUAUACUGGGGUGGAUGGGAAAUGGCCUACUGGCAUCUCUCAUCAUUUUCUUCCUCAACAUUGUCAUCUUCUAUAACCAAGCUUUCCGUAUUGGAGGCCAGACCGCCGAUAUGACUGCCUUGGGUACAACAAUGUUCACCUGCAUCAUUUGGUCUCUCAACAUCCAGAUUGCGCUCACAAUGAGCCACUUCACAUGGAUCCAACACGCCACAAUAUGGGGCAGCAUUGUCACUUGGUAUCUAUUUCUCGCGGUUUAUGGUGCGUUAUCUCCCGAUAUCUCCGGCAACGCCUACCAAAUUCUAGUGGAAGCCCUUGCGCCUGCACCAAUGUACUGGACAACCACCCUCUUGGUUGCAAUCACCUGCAACCUCCCUUACAUGGCUCAUAUAGCUUACCAAAGAUGUUUGGAGCCAAUGGAUCAUCACAUCAUCCAAGAGAUCAAGUACUACAGGAAAGACGUCGAGGAUCAACACAUGUGGAACAGGGAACAAUCGAAGGGGAGACAGAAAACGAAGAUCGGGUUCACCGCACGCGUAGAGGCAAAGAUCAGGCUACUUCAAUCGAAGAUGCAUAAAAAACAAUAGCCUUUUUUGAAGAUUUUUAGGGUUUUUUUUUACUAUUACCCAUUUAUUGAUCUCUUUAGAUUAUGAUUCCACUGAUUGUACCGAGGCUAUUGUACUGAAUGUACACUACUUCACACAUACAAAAAAGGAAUUCUCAAACUGUGAAAAUAAUCUGUAAAUCUGCAAGAAUGUUGAAAAACUGUUGAUGUAAAGAAGAAAAAAGACGGUAUGAAGCAAGUAAUUAUUU